ACAAAAGAAAAGGGGUAUUGGAAUUGGACUCCCACAGAGAGAGAGAGAGAGAGGAAGAAAAUAAAGAGAGACGAUAUCGACGCCCCUCCAGUUCUUGAUCCCUCCCUAUAUCUCCUGUUCGCAAAAUCCAAAAGUAAAAAGCGAAAAGAAGUAUAAUCAUUAUCGUCCCCAACAAGAAUCCGACCCCAUUUUUUGCUUUUCCUCAUCAACUAUUUGCACCAUAGUUACAAUAAUUCUUUCUUUCUCCUUUUACCCCAAAAUUUACGUGAUAAUAUUUUUGAGAUCCUAGUUUUCUUUCCUCCCUCCAUGAUUUUGACCUAUCUGUAGCAGAUCUAAGAUUCUUCAAAAACGCAGUCGUAGCAGAUCCGCCAAUCACCGGUUUGAAGAUUUUCAGAUUCCGUCCAUGGAUGAUUUUAGAGGAAUCUUGACGGAGGACUUCGGGUUCAAGCCUCAGGGGAAAUCUGCUCCAAUGGCGUCUUCUCGGAAUUCUGGUAGUUAUGGACUUGGAUCCGGGGCGCCUGCCCACUCCCGAUCAUCAUCUGCCACGAAAUCAUCAGCUCCGAUUUUCGAUGAUCGGGAUCGAGACGGGAUUCUCUUCGAUGACGUCUUCGGUGGACCUUUCAAGAACAGCAGCGAGCCUCGCGGUGGUUCGUUCGAUUAUGAUUAUGAUUCCAUAUUUAAGGACCAGAAUUUGAAUAAAAACAAUGUGAAGUCCUCAACGAUGCCGGUCUUUGACAAGCCCGUUUAUGAUGACGAUAUAUUUGAAGGAUUGCCUGGGCUGAAGAGCGCGUCCGUAAAUUCGUCCGCGGUGAAGCAAGAAGACGCGUUCGCGUCAAUUUCAACGUCGCCGCCGAAGAGUAGAUUGCAUAGCAGCUCCGCUUUUGAUGAUCUAUUGGGUAAUUUGGGGAGGAAAGAAACGGAGUUGAAGAAGGAGAGCGUGAAAGUGGAGAAUGAUUCUUCGGCCUUCGAUGAUUUACUUCCUGGAUUUGGUAAUAGUAGCUCCCCUAACAGGUCCACUUCGCAGUCCCCUAGGUCUCAGAUAUCAUCUGCAACUUCUGCAAAAAAAUCCUCAAAUGCGAUGGAAGACCCAUUUGUAAUCCUCGAGACAACUGCAACUCCUCCAGUAACAUCUGAAGGUUCCCCUGACCCACUGGAAGAAAUUAGUAAGAUCGGUAACUCUGGAAGCCAAAAAAUGGGCAGUUCAUCUGCAAGUCGGGGAGUGUUUGAUGAUUUAGAUCCCCUUGAUGGUCUUGGGAAAUCUGUUCCCCCAGUGUCGACCGAGAUUAAGAAUGGGGUAAAGGAUAGGAGCCCCUUGAGAACUGGAUCAAGCAGGAGUACUACUUAUUUUUCUGUCAAUGAAACGAUAGACAAACACCCUAUGGAAAAUACUGAGGGUCUUUCUUUUAACUCUCGGAAGAAACCUGUUGACAAUUUUCAGGAAUCACCUCAAACUCUGUUUGACAUGCCCACGACCUCGACAGUCUUUCGUAAUUCUGCUGGUCGAAGUACUUCACCCCCUGCGUAUGUGAACACCAAUCAUAAUGACCCAAAUUCCCAUGUAAAUGUAGCUGGAGGACAUGAGGAGAAUUCAGAUCCAUUGGUUGAUGUAUGGCUUACUGUAUCAGAAAUACCUCUUUUUACACAACCCACACUUGCUCCACCACCUUCUAGACCACCUCCCCCAAGACCAUCAUGGGUGUCUAGGCCUUCGGGUGGUUCUUUCCCAUCAUCAAAUUCGAGAAAGAAGGUUAAUGAUUUUUCUUCCUCUGCAAGUUCCCCUCAGUACUCUUAUAGCCCUAAGUCUGCUCGUGCAGCAAGGAGUUCCACGAAAUCUCAAAUUGACGGACUUGAGGAUUUCGCCAUGGGUAGGACUGGGAAUAAUAUUAAUGAGCACGGAGAAACUCAUUCUGGUGAAGAUUUGGAUUCUAACUCUGUUGCUGCGGCUUCUGCUGCUGCCAUGAAGGAGGCUAUGGAUAGAGCCGAGGCCAAGUUCAGACAUGGUAGGGAGAUGAGGGAGAGGGAGUAUCUAAAGACUGCUCGGAAUAAGGAAAACCUUCAAUUGGAUAAAGAUGAAAAAACUGUGUUAGAUGGUCAGGAGAGAGAAAUAAGAGAAAAACAAGAGAGGCAACAAAGGGAGGAAGAAGAGAGAGAACAGAGGAGGCAUGAGAGAGAAAGGGAGAGAGCUCGUGAAAUUGAGAGGGAAAGGGAGGAAAGAGAGAAGGAGCAAAGGAGAAUGGAGAGAGAGCGGAUUGAGAGGGAAAGGGAAUUGGCCAGACAAGCAGUAGAAAGGGCUACUAGAGAGGCUCGUGAAAGAGCAGCUGUGGGAGCUCGCCUAAAAGCUGAAAGGGCUGCUGUUGAGAAAGCAAAUUCUGAAGCUCGAGGACGAGCGGAGAGGGCUGCAGUUCAGAGAGUACAAGCUGAAGCCCGCGAAAGGGCAGCUGCAGAGGCAAGAGAAAGAGCUGAAAGAGCCGCCGCAGAAGCCCGGGAAAGGGCGACUGCAGAAGCACGGGAAAGGGAAUCACGGGAAAAAGCAGCUGUUGCAAGGGCUGAACGAGCUGCUGCAGAAAGGGCUGCUGCUGAGGCUCGAGAAAGAGCUUCUACUGGAGCUAGGGCAAACGAACCAACGAAUGAAGACAAUGAUCUUGAAUCCUUCUUCAGCACGGCUUCUCGGCCAAGCAGUGCUCCAAGGCCAAGGGCAAACUCCUCGGAUCCUGCCUUUGAUACCCAAAACAAGGGAGCUCCAGAAGCUGCUAGGAGGACAUCUGUUGGAGCCUCAUCUACCAUGAGGAAAGUUUCUUCAACAACAAAUAUUGUUGAUGAUUUAACUGCAAUUUUUGGAGCUCCUGCAUCAAGUGGGGAGUUCCAAGAGUUCGAAGGGGAAAGUGAAGAAAGACGAAGAGCUAGGCUAGAACGCCACCAAAGGACUCAGGACCGUGCAGCAAAAGCACUGGCUGAGAAGAAUCAACGUGACCUUCAGGCCCAGAGGGAACAAGCAGAGAGACAUAGGAUUGGUGAAACAUUGGAUGCUGAGAUCAAACGUUGGUCUGCAGGGAAAGAAGGAAAUUUACGUGCUCUGCUAUCGACAUUACAAUAUGUGCUCUGGCCUGAAUGUGGUUGGCAGCCAGUCUCUUUGACUGAUUUGAUAGCUGGUGCUGCGGUUAAAAAAGUCUAUAGGAAGGCAACGUUGUGUAUCCAUCCUGACAAAGUUCAACAAAAAGGCGCUAAUCUUCAACAGAAAUAUAUUGCUGAGAAAGUGUUUGACUUGCUGAAGGAAGCGUGGAACAAAUUCAAUUCCGAAGAGCUGUUUUGAGUUCAUCCAGUGGCUUUAUCACUCAAAACGACUUACUAAUCACAUACACGAGCCCUUUAAAAGUGAUAUCCUGGCCAGCAUAUGUGUUAUCCUAUCACCUGCAAUUGUCUGCAUCAGAUGACAUAUUGUAUCGGGGCAGAAGGAAAUUGGAAGAUUUGUUUCGGAGGCUCCUUUUCAGUUGAUUGAAAUGCCUGAAGGUCGAAGUGAUGUUCCUUCAGUCAGUUUGCUGUCAGCAGAUAUAUCCUUCAGGAUAUGCUCCUGGCAGUGGGAGUCACUUGGUGGUGUAGAGUGAUGUCCACAUAUUUCUCCAUUUCAGUUUGUAUACACGUCUGAGAUGAGUUGUUUUCCCCCCCUUUCUUUUGUUUGUGUCAAUUCUUUGUUCUUAUAAUUAAUUGUUGGCCUUUUGGUUGGGCGAACAUAGAGCUCUUUAUCUCUCAGUGAAAGCAUUGUUUAUUGGAAAUAUACCAGACCGUACAUGCAGUGUAUGACUGUUGAGCUUAGUAACUCUGAGCUGGAAGUUUUUCACAUAUAUAUAUAAUUUUU